AUGCACUCUCAAUCUUCUUCGCCUUCUCUUAUCCAGGGUUCCUUUGUACCCCUUGAUGACGAGACUACUUUUGAACCCAUGUGUGUAACCCGGCUCGAGUACAAUGUUCCCUCGAUGCGCGACCAAGCAGUCUUGAGACUAGCAUUUCGACCAAUGCCAUUUAGGCAUCGAGUUGAGGAGGUACGGCCAAUUCGACAACGGGAUACCUCGGUUUCUCAACUCAUCAGCAUGUUUGACCACUUGAUCGAUGAAGAGAUGGUAUGCGAGUCCGACGCGUCAACUUCCCCCGACAUCGGCUCCAUUGCACGAAGUCUGACUUACAAAAGCUCAUCUGGACCGGACACGUAUGCUCCCUUCUUUUCUAAUAACUCUGAACAGGACAAUUUGAUGACCGAAUCCACUUCUCGUGCUUUCAGUCACACUCAUAAUGCCGACUCCAACUCUCCAUCACGAUCAUCUGUGGCACCUUUUCCGAUUCCUCAUCACAUGAUUGAUUGGACGGUAGAUGUUAAUCUAGACGCAUCGUCCCUACCAAAGUGGGAAAACCCACAAGUCGACCGAUCAACAACUGCCAACAACACCUAUGUAGAAGAGAAUUGUCAGGAGACUAAACGUCGCAAGCUUCCCUCCGAAUGCCGACAACUAGUCUUCGUUCCAAGACACUCCAGCCCCACCUCAUCGCAUACAGCGGGUGAAGAUGAACCAAGGAAGAGAAGGAAAAGAUGCAAUGAAUCCUGA